AUGCUGGGAAAGCCGUUCGUGUUUUACGGCAUGGACGAUGAUUUCCAGGAUAUGGAGAAGGUCUCGGCACAGACGCAGCGGAUCGAGACAUUGCUUGCUGAAGGGAAGACACUUGCGAUAUUACUCGCGGUCUUUGAUCCUUGCGGUAAAUUAUACGAUGGCGUUCUCGUCGAGAUGCUAUCGGAGAGUUUUCCACUUAGGGAAUCCAAGGGGAGGGUAGCUGAGGCGAGGCUCUUGACGCUGAUUCAUUUUACAGCGAGUGUUCCUGUGGAUACUGCGGCCAAGGCCAUAGGGUUGGGGAGUUCUGGGGGAGGAGAUGCGUAUCAUGCCGAGUGGCUGACGCCGAGAUUCCGGCUUGUAGACUGA